UCCACCCGGGUGGGAGUGGCAGGUGCACCUGCUGGUAGCAUUAUAAAUCCACUCAAACCCUAGGAUUCGCCGCGAGCUUAUCGCUUAUCAUCCGCGCCUCCGCAUCUCUCUCUUCCUCCUCAGCCUCGUGAUCCAUCCAAACCAGGGGUCGCCAUGUCGGACUCGGAGGAGCACCACUUCGAGUCGAAGGCGGACGCGGGGGCGUCCAAGACCUACCCGCAGCAGGCCGGCACCAUCCGCAAGAACGGCUUCAUCGUCAUCAAGAAUCGCCCCUGCAAGGUGGUGGAGGUUUCUACCUCAAAGACUGGUAAGCAUGGUCAUGCUAAAUGCCACUUUGUUGCCAUAGACAUAUUCAAUGGUAAAAAGCUUGAAGAUAUUGUUCCUUCCUCCCAUAAUUGUGAUGUUCCACAUGUGAACCGUACUGAGUAUCAGCUGAUUGACAUAUCAGAGGAUGGAUUUGUGAGCCUUCUUACUGAAAAUGGAAACACCAAGGAUGAUCUUAGACUCCCUACUGAUGAUAAUCUCCUGACUCAGAUUAAGGCUGGAUUCGCAGAAGGGAAAGAUAUCGUGGUGACUGUCCAGUCUGCCAUGGGGGAGGAGCAGAUCUGCGCUCUGAAGGACAUUGGCCCCAAGUAACUUCCCUAGAGAAGGCCAUGAAAUGAAAAAUGGAGGGAGCCACUAUAUCUUAAAACUAAAAUUGAAAACGACGUGUAUCAAGAAGGAAUGCUACGACGUGUAUCAAGAAGGAAUGCUACUGAAACAUUCAUCUAGCUUGAGCUGGCUUUUGCCAUAGUGAACUCAAGUGCAGUGAUUGCUGGGUGUAGCAUAUCUGAUUAUCAUUACCUAUGGUGACAUUUGGGACACUGUAUUUUCUAUGGUUUUAUGACAUCUGGUUGGUAUCAAUAAAUUGAUUUUCGAACGGUUGAGAAUUACA